AUGGGGGCGAAAUGCAGCGAGAUGACGAUGGGUGCACCGUCGCAGGUGGACACGAAGGCUUUCGAAGAGGAGGAAGAUGAAGAUCAGGAGUCAGCAGAAGAGGAGGAGGAGGAGGAAGAGGAGGAGACCUCGGCCAAAGCCGACGCUCAGGCGGCUUUGCAGGGGGCCCUCAUGCGGGGCAAGACCGCUGCCUUCAAAGAGGCCAUCGACUUCGCCCAGUCCGUGGGCAUCGAUGAGGAGAUGAUCUUGCAAGCCGAAGCCAAGUUGCAGGAGCACAAGGUUGUGCGGGAAAGGGAAGCCUUCAUAGAGGCGCUGCCCAAGUUCCUGAGCUCGGAGGACGCCCAGUAUGAAGCCACGGUCCAGGAGAAGCUGGAGUAUGCCAAGACUCAGGGCGUCCCGGAGCAGCACCUGCAGAAGCUAAGGGAUCGGAUCGAGUACAUCAAGCUGGGCCGGGACCUCGAAGAGGAGGAGCUCCAGAAGGCGAACGCCCUGGCGGUGGACUCCACCCGGCGCUUCGUGGCCUCCUGCUUCGCAGGCAGAGCUCUCGUGUAUGUCCAGCCUCCUGGCAAGCAGGUCAAGGCGCAGUGCUUGAUAGAUCCAGCCAUGCGGGAGCUGCGCGUGGUGGAGGAGACUGGCGGAGAGGUGUGCUGCGUGGCGCUGAUGAGCGCCAAGGCCUGCGCUGGCGUGGUGGCAGAGUUGGAUGAGAGUAGCGGCUUUACUGGCCUGUCAGAUGACGAGCAGGACCGCUCCAUCGCGCUGCGCGCCGGCUCGGGCUGCUGGCUGCUCCUGGAGCCCCGGCUCGAGCUCCAGACGGAGUUCCUGUUGGCCCUGGCGGUCCUGGGCGCUGGCAAUGGUGAGAUGAAGCUCACCUCCACCGCCAGCAUGAAGACCUGGUCCAUGUCUGGCAAGACGCCCGUGGAGAGGUCGCCUAGCCUGCCGGAGCUGGAAGCCCUGGAGGACGAAGCGGAGGAGAAGAAGGGGAAAAAGGAGAAGAAGGACAAGAAGGAGAAGAAGGAGAAGGAUGAGGAGAAGAAAGACAAGAAGGACAAGAAGGACGGCGAGGAUGAGGAGAAGAAGGAGAAGAAAGAGAAGAAGGAGAAGAAGUCCAAGAAGUGA